UAAUUUAGUAUUCCGUUUCAACCGAUUUGUCCUCAUGACUGCUCCAUGUCAGCCGAUUUAUAUAAAAUGGCGUCAGCCGAGUUUUUAGAGCAAGCUUUGUCCACAGACGUUGACGAGAACGCGGUGAAUGCUAUCGUAGGUUCUCUGGAAAAUCAAUUGGUUACGUCCGUUUCAUCAGUGUCGUCACAGAACAAUAUAGUUAAUGUUAUUCCUAGUCAGCUUACUAAUAUUACAUCAAAUCCGAGUUCUAUUAUUGGUGUGCAAAAAUACAAUACGGACCAAGUGAACGUUGGUGAAAUAACGACUGGUAAUUAUCAAUCAGUGGGCCCAGCUGCUGGCGGUGUGACUUAUAAUAAUGUACAAACAUCUGGUCAGGUCUUCGUUUCGCAACAAUCGUUAACUAACGCCAGCGAACCCAUUAAAUUGAUAUACUCUCCUCAGACAUCACAAACAUUGUCUAACAGUGUAAACAGAGUGUCAUUUCCCUCUCAAGCCGUACCGAAUGGGAGUAUCGGCCUCGCAGCAUCUCAGAAUCAAAUAAUCCACACUGGAGCUCCCUGCGCCGUCAUCCCGCAGACCGUGAACAAAACCAUUACUAUGCAGCCGCCCCUCGUUAUCAAGCAAGGCACUACCGCUGGUCAAGUCGGCAUGCAGCCUGGAAUGGUGACAGUGCCCAUGACGGUUAAUUCAAGCAUGCCUAACUCAAUACCUAAUGUUAUGACUUUAAAUAAGCCAGGAGGGCAAAAUGUUGUGGUAACAACUCAAAAUUUAGGCUCAGGGCAACCUGCAAUAAUUCCUAAUGUUCAAAUAUUAAAUAUGAGACCAGGAACUCCAUCAGUUGCAGCUCAGAAAUCAGUAGCCACGGUGUCACCAAGGGUAGUAAUCGGAACACCUCAAGUAGUAGGAGCGCGAGCUGCCACACCAGGGAUUACGCUGCAAACUCUGCAGAGUCUACAACCUGGGCAGCAGGGUCAUUUGUUGUUAAAGACUGAGAAUGGGCAAUACCAGUUGCUGAGGGUGGGCCCCGCGCCCACGGCCAGCUCGAUGGCGCCGCCGGCGCAGACCAUCCGGCUCUCAACCGUGCCGGCACAUCCCGGCGUACAGACGGUGUCGACGAGUGUCGCGGCGCAGAUGCAGGGCCAGAUGUCUGCGGGCCCGGUGGCCGCGCCGGCGGCCGUGGCCUCGCCCGCGCCCGCGCCUCCGCCACAGGCGCCCACUGUCACUACGCAGAAACCUUCAGACAACACAAAAGAAAAAUGCAGAAACUUUUUGGCAAAUCUUUUGGACUUGUCAAGUAAAGAACCCAAGUCCGUUGAACGGAAUGUGAGAAAUCUCAUCCAGGAGCUGAUUGACGCCCAAGUGGAGCCAGAGGAGUUUUGCGAUCGACUCGAAAGAUUGCUCAACGCCAGUCCUCAACCGUGCCUCAUAGGCUUUCUAAAGAAAAGUCUGCCUCUCCUGAGACAAUCCCUGGUGACCAAAGAAUUGGUAAUUGAAGGAAUCAACCCGCCGGCGCCACACGUGGCGUUCUCCUCGAUUCCCGCGCCGCCGCACCAGACCAUCAUGGCCACGUCCAACGUGCAGCUGCCAAAACCUGCAGUAAAACCUGGAAAUACGAUAGCGGUGUUACAAAAUAUACCUGUUCAUACAAAGAUAAACGUGAGCAAAGUGGGAGGCAAAGCGAUGACGGUCAACAGUAAAGCGAAUUUCAAUCGAUCUGCGGCGGCGACCGCGGCGCUCUCCACGGUGCUGACCCCGGGGAAGUCGCUGCUCAAGGAGAAGGAGAAGAAGUCCUCGCAGUACUCGCAGCCGUUCGUCGACGACAAGAUGGCCGGCGACGACGACAUCAACGACGUGGCCGCCAUGGGCGGCGUCAACCUAGCCGAGGAGAGUCAGAGGAUACUCGGCUCCACUGACAUGAUCGGAACACAAAUAAGGUCGUGCAAGGACGAGUACCUGGUGCCGACGGGGCUGAUGUCGGCGCGGCUGAAGGCGGCGGCGGCGCGGCACGGGCUGGAGGAGCCGGCGGCUGACGUGGCCGCGCUGCUCACGCACGCCGUGCACGACCGCCUCAAGAACCUCAUCGAGAAACUCGCGCUCAUCGCGCAACAUAGAAUCGACCUCGUUAUAAAGACGGACUCCAGGUACGAAGUGACCCAGGACGUUAAAGGGCAGCUCAAGUUCCUGGAGGAGCUGGACCGCGUGGACAAGAAGCGGCGCGAGGACUCCGAGCGGGAGAUGCUGCUGCGGGCCGCCAAGUCGCGCUCCAAGAACGAGGACCCUGAGCAGGCCAAGCUCAAAGCAAAGGCCAAAGAAAUGCAACGUGCGGAGCUAGAGGAGCUGCGUCAGCGGGAGGCGAACCUGACGGCGCUGCAGGCCAUCGGGCCGCGCAAGAAGCCGCGGCUGGACGGGCCCGGCGGCGGCGACCUAGUGCCCAACGGCGCCGCGCACUCCGCCACCGGCCUGAGCGGCCGCAGCCAGCUGGCGCUGCGGUCGCGGCUGAAGCGCAUCAACCACCGCGACAUGGUGUUCCUGCUGGAGCAGGAGCGCGACACGGCGCACUCGCCGCUCAUCUACCGCAGCUACCUCAAGUGACCGGCGGACCCCGACCACAGGCCCGUGCUCGGCUACCCGCCCACCACCAUCAAUCCCAACUACACCACCAACGAGAGGGCUCCGACCAAAACGUAUGUCGCACCAUCUGCUCAUUAGAAGCCACGAUCUGAAUGACGAAGUUGUGAAACCACUGAAUGGUGUGUCAGACACCCGUCUAUUUCUUAUUUCACUCUUCUUUGCGACUCGCGCUAACAUGUACGUUAGUGUCAGUAUGUGAUAGUAACGAUAGAACUGACAUAUUGAAAUUAUUCAAGACGUCAAACAGUAUGAUAUACCUAAAAGUGAAUUUAAUUUGUAUAUACAAUCUAAGGGACUGAUAGAUACAUAAUAUAUUCGUUUUUUUGUCUAUAAACAAAGAAAGUAAGCGUUAAAUGAAUCAGACUUUCUUCCUUCAGCUGUACAUGGAGCAGUGGGGCUGCAAUGUCUUGUUUAGUUAUAAGUACUUAUGAAGUUGUUGACAGCGUGGAACGUCGCAUACAACGUUCGUUAGCGUUAAGGUUGACAUGCAAAAAUAUCAAUCGUAGUUUCUACACUUGAUUAAAAUGGUUUUGUAAGAAUUGUCUACGUUAAUUAAUUAUACAUCAUGAUUUUCAUUAUUGUUUAAAUGUUUAAUGAGAUAUUUAUAAAACAUAUUCAUAUUACAAAUCUGCGUUUACAAAAAAUAUGUAUCAUUUAUU